CGGAUUAUUCAGUUUACCUACACAUAUCCAACCAAUAGAUUAAACCGUUCAAAUCACGUGCGGCCGUAAAAAUUGGCUUGUUCUUCUGUGAUUGGGUUGUUAUCCCUCCAAAACCCUCUCAAGCUGCGUGAGCUUGACACAUUUUAUUUUACGUUUCGCGCAGGAAAUGAUCGAUUGAUUUUAAAUUUCGCGCUGAACCAAAACUGACGUUUUAGCUUUGAUAUUUGACAGCUUCCGUUUUCUCCUUCUUUAAGUUGACAGUUGUUAAGAAUAAUACAAAAUGGUUAACGUACCAAAACAACGUCGUACGUUUUGCAAAAAAUGUAAAGUCCACAAGCCCCAUAAGGUAACCCAAUACAAAAAGUCAAAAGAACGUCAUGCAUCUCAAGGUAGAAGACGUUAUGACCGUAAACAACAAGGUUUUGGUGGACAAACUAAGCCUAUUUUCCGUAAGAAGGCAAAGACAACCAAAAAGAUCGUAUUGAGAAUGGAAUGUAGUGACUGUAAAUUUAGGAAACAAAUUCCACUUAAGAGAUGCAAACAUUUUGAACUUGGAGGUGACAAGAAGCGUAAAGGACAAAUGAUUCAGUUCUAAGUUAUUAAACCUUGUUUUUUAAGUUAAUCCUCACAAAAUAAACCAAGUUUGUAUAU